AUGUUCAAGUCAACGAACCCUAUGAUGGCGCGCCUGCGCUUGACGACCAAGGCGAUCAACGGCGGUUACUACAAGGGUAAUCGGACAGGCUCAAUGGGUCGCUUCGACAAACAUGGCAACUACGUGAUCGACUACAAGAAAGUCCGCACCUACGUGGUUCCGGAAGACCUGAAAGACUUCAAGCUUACACCCUUUGUCACCAAACGCGCGGAGGCAAAGCGAAGCAUUUACAACAAGGAGAUUGAGCAGAAUGGGCGCACAUACACCGUGGUCGACAAGAUGACGGGCCGAAACUACCUCGAGCUAUGGGCUGAGCGCAAUGGUGAAGAAGUCUACGAGCGCGAGUUGAUCGAGAACCCCGUCGAGGAAAUCAAGACGGCCGAGAUUCCGGACAAGAUGCCGGAAGAGAUGCCAGCGAAGAGCCACUAA